AUGAAAUACUGGCCAAAAAAAAAAGAAAAGGCUAUUUGCCACAAAACGGACAGCGGCGAUGGACUUUCGUCAGUCACGGCGAGCCAACGAACGGCGGGCAAUCGGUCCAGACCUCCGGGUAGCUGGGGAAUCCAGAUGCAAGCAGAGCGAUGAGGACUCAAGGAGCAAUUUUCCAAUGACAAUAUUGAAUUCCGGGGAUGAGCGGAGUAUCGGGGAAGAUUGAUGGCAAUUUUUUGUUGAAAGGGAACAAGUGGAAGUUAUGCAAAUCCAGUUCGUUGCUCUAGCUCCUGGUUCUAGCACCGAACUGGAUUUGCAUAACUUAGAGGAGCCAUGGCCGAAGACGAACAGGGAAGCAAUAAAGCUAAAGCUAAGUCGGAGUGUGGGAACUGUAAGUCAUCGUUAGCAGUUGAAGAAUGAUGAAGCCAUCAGCUUUCUACAUUGCAGUCUUCUGCUUUCUCCUGCCUGCUCUCAGCAUUGAGGCCUAUGACCCUCUUGAUCCCACAGGAAACAUCACAAUCAGAUGGGACAUCUUAAGUUGGACGGAGGAUGGUUAUGUGGCUAUUGUCACUAUAAGAAAUUAUCAGAUGUACCGACACAUCGAAGCACCAGGAUGGAGGUUAGGUUGGUCCUGGGCGAGAGGUGAGGUACUUUGGUCUAUGCUGGGCGCCGAAACGACCGAGAGGGGAGACUGCUCCAGAUUUGGAGGAGGAGUAGAUGGCCCUCCGCAUUGCUGUGAUAGCAGUCCGAAGGUGGUGGACUUGCUUCCUGGUGUGCCAUACAACCAGCGGAUCUCUCAGUGCUGCAGAGGGGGAAACUUGGGUUCAAUGGUCCAGGACCAAGCAGCCAGUGCGAGCAUGUUCCAGAUGACGGUGGCUGCUGCUGGUACCACUAAGAAGACCGUCAGGCGACCGAAGAAUUUCACACUGGAAGCGCCCGGACCUGGAUAUACUUGUGGUCCAGCACGCAUUGUGGAUCCCACAAGAUAUCCCUCUCCUGAUAGGAGGAGACACACUCAAGCUCUUGUGAGCUGGAAUGUGGUCUGCACGUAUUCACAGUUCCUUGCUUCAGCAACACCUACUUGUUGCGUGUCCCUCUCCUCUUUUUACAGUAAGAUGUUGGUGAGCUGCCGUACCUGUGCUUGUGGCUGCAAGAGCAACCCCGGCGGCUGUGCAGGGCCAAAUUCUCCAGAUUUAUCUCCAGCUCCUCGCGUCCAGUGUACGAGCCAUAUGUGUCCAGUGCGAGUCCACUGGCACGUUAAGCUCAACUACAAGGAGUAUUGGAGGGUUAAAAUUAGCGUAACCAAUUUCAAUUACAAGAUGAACUAUACUCAGUGGAAUCUGGUUGUGCAACAUCCCAACUUCAACAACAUGACAACAAGUUAUAGCUUCAAUUCCCAUUCAUUAGGUCCCUAUGGUGAUAUAAAUGAUACAACUAUGUUUUGGGGACUUGAGUAUUUCAACGACAUGCUCUUGGAAGCUGGUCUUGAAGGAAACGUGCGGUCGGAUAUUCUUUUUGGGAAGAGCAAAUCCAGUUUUACAUUUGCAAAUGGAUGGGCUUUCCCUCGAAGGAUUUAUUUUAAUGGCGAGGAAUGCGUUAUGCCCCCUGUUGAUGUCUACCCAAGGCUGCCAAGCAGUAGUCGGAAACCAACCAGUUGUGUACUUGAUGCAGCCGUCACCUGCAUUUUGACAUUAUUAUGUUUAGCUAUGAGUGUCUGGCAAUGAAGUUAAGCUGGCGUCAAGAGCAUCAAGACGAAGAAGGCUGAAGAUUUAGUGUGCUAUGUAUGUGAAUUUGGUUAGGCUGAUCUGUUGGUGCAAGUCUAUGGAAAUUGGAAAAUAAUGUUGUCUCAACAGAAAGUACAAGUCAUUGACUAGUAACUUGUUUGGCAUUGAUGUCCUUAAACAUUUCCAACCAUGUCUUGUUGAAACCUAAAGUUUUAUAUAUAUGAUAUUCAGUUUUCAGGCGAUGCCAUUUCCUUUUGCUA